CCCACGUGCACUUGCAGGACAGUGGAGUACGAUGCCUCUCCUUCGUUCAACUUCUAUUCAGCAAUGGAGAAUUCUUCGACCUAUCUCUUCGGAAAACGUUUCCGCAACCGAUUGUUUGUCGGAGGAUUACCAGUGAAUACUACUGCUCAUGAAUUGGCCAAUUAUUUUUCCAAUUUUGGACAUGUCAUAGAGACCAAAAUUAUCUUUGAUGAAAACAAUGUUUCCAAAGGAUAUGGAUUUGUCACUUUUGCCUCAGAAAAAGAUGUUCAUAAUGUUACAGAGAUGGGAACUUUAUUUUUUCGUAAUAAAAAGCUCAAUUUAGGACCUGCUGUGAAGAAACAGGGACCAAUGUCUCCUGAAUCACCUGAACUUGUGGUGGUCAGCACACAAAUGAAAGGAGACUAUUACUACCCAGUCCCAUCAUAUACAUACUCUGAUGGUCAGUUGUCCCCAGCACCACAGUAUACAUAUCAACACCCAUGUCAGCAGGUUUCCUAUCCACUCCCUCAACCUGGGGGAUAUAUGUAUGUCUAUGGUAAGUUUUGUUGUUUGUUUCAUGCAUUGCCUACAUUUUUCAAUUCAAUUGAGUUCUCCUCUAUACAUUUUGGUCGGUUUUGUUUUUCUACAGAAGAGCAGCCUCCACUGAUGUUCUACCAGCAACAAAUACCUAAUGUGCAGAACAUUCCGCAAGUAGGCUCCAUGUCCUCCACAAAAAAUCAACAAGAGGCUACCUCCAAGGAUGAGACGUUCUCGAGAAAACUAAAUUGAGCUACCUUCUGCAUCAGACAGCUUUCCCAGUGCACAUCAUCAUGCACAUCCUGAGCAAAUAUUCCCUUGAAAAACUUUGAGUAAACCCUGCUAUGUUGCAGGCUUGGAUUCAAACCAAGAUCUUGGUGACAAGUGUAUCAUUUAAACAACAUCAAAUCAGAUUAAUUUGAUUCUUAACUUGCACAUGAUACAGAUAUUUUUACAGCUCUUAGACAGCUUUAAAUUUGUGGGUUAAUUUUUAUAUACUUUAAUCUUCCUGAGUGGAAGGGAUAAUUUAGGAAAGGGUUGAAGGGGGUUUGAGAACUGAAAGGUAUCAGCCAUCUCAUGACAUUCAUACAUCAUAGUGACGAAAACUUUUAUUGACAUGAUACUUCAUUAGAAACUUUUAUGCUGUAGAAAUUUCAUUAUGUUUAUGAAGAUCUAAAUGCUCUCUCUGCUUUGCUUGUUUUUAAUAUGUUUCACUGUCAGCCAGUGUUGGUUCCAUCAAACCCCAGACCAAAUACUGCAUCAGAACCUUUUCUGCCGCUGCUUUAGAAAUUUCAUUUUGUAUGAAUAGUUUUGAUGGGAAGUUACUAAUGAUUGUAGACUUAAACAGACUUUUACAAAAGCUGUACCUUUUUCUGAAAAAGAAAGCAGAACUGACAGCUUUGGUUAGUAAAAAGGCUCAAGUUUGACUUUCCAUUGUUUACAACAUCUUUUAUACGUUUAAAUAUAUUAUUAUCUAUUUUCGUGUACACUGACAACAUAAGAUGUAAUUUUUUUAUUGAUGUGUACAUGUUGUAAUCAUUUUUAAAAUAUUUAUUUUUUUUAAAUAUAUGGUAAGACAAAUCUGAAAAAGGGAGCUUUUGCAUGAAAGCUAACUUCCAUGUCCAGCAGAGAAACCUUUGAAACCAGCUUCAAAUUUUACCUGAUUGUACUAUUUAACUCUUGUAAUUGAAAGCACAGCAUGGCAUGAAAUAAUGACUAUUGAUUUUAACAAGCACCACAAUAUUUGUGUAUAUGUAUCUUUGAUAAUUAAAUCUCUUAAUUGAAAGCGCAGCAUGGCAUGAAAUAAUGACGAUUGAUUUCAAUCAAGUAUCACAAUAUUUGUGUAUGUAUCUUUGAUAAUAUCCAAGUGAUGUAUUUUGCGACACAAAUGCUUUAAUUUGAAGAAAUGAAGACAAGUGUAAGUUGAUCAUUUAUUAAAAGUGUCGUUAAAAUGA